UCCAUGGCGUUUGCACAUAAUGUGACUAAAUUCAUCCUUUUGGGCCUCACCCAGGAUCCAGAGAUACAGCGUGCAUGCUUUGUGCUGUUUUUACUCUUCUAUCUAGUCAUUGUGCUGGGAAAUCUCCUCAUCAUUGUCACUGUAAUAUUCACAGAGUGGCUGAGCUCCCCGAUGUAUUUCUUCCUGGGCUACCUGUCCUUCGUAGAUAUCUGCUAUUCCUCGGUCACGGCCCCCAAACUCAUGGGCGACUUCCUCGUGGAGAGGAAAACCAUCUCCUUCAAUGGCUGCCUGACACAGCUCUUUAUGGUCCACUUUUUUGGGGGCACUGAGAUCUUUAUCCUCACCAUCAUGGCCUACGACCGUUAUGUGGCAAUCUGUAACCCGCUCCUCUAUACGACUAUUAUGAGCAAGCACGUCUGCGGCUGGAUGGUGGCGGCGUCCUGGUUGGGGGGCUUUGUGCAUUCCAUGGUCCAGACUCUUUUAACCAUCCAGUUGCCCUUCUGUGGGCCCAAUGAGAUGGACCACUACUUCUGUGACGUCCACCCUUUGCUGAAACUGGCCUGCAUGGACACGUAUGUGGUGGGCAUCAUGGUCGUUGCUAAUAGCGGGAUGAUUUCUCUGACCUCUUUUGUUGUGUUGGUUGUUUCCUACGUCGUCAUCUUAGCCUCCUUGAAAACUCACUCUUCUGAAGGGCGUCUCAAAGCGCUCUCCACCUGUGCCUCCCACAUCACGGUCGUGAUUUUAAACUUUGGGCCUUGUAUCUUCAUCUACUUACGGCCUUCCACCACCUUCUCGGAGGAUAAGAUGGUGGCUGUCUUCUACACCAUUAUCACCCCCAUGCUGAAUCCUUUGAUCUACACCCUGCGAAAUGAGGAGGUGAAAAAUGCCAUGAGAAAAUUGUGGAGCAGGCACGUGAAGGUGGGCAUCAAAUGGCCAAUGUGAGGUGAGAAAUGAUGUUAGUUCUUUAGCCUGGUUGUAAAGGUUGUAAACAGGUUAUCUGAAUACAACUUUGAUGAAAUUAUA